CGAGCGUACAGGAGGGGACUUCGGCAUGGCGAAACAACAAGAAGACUCCAAUGAAGAUAUUGAUGAAGAUUGUAUUUUCUGUCUGAUAGCGAACGACCGAGACACAGAGACAGAUGUUAUCAAAAAAAGUAAAAAUCUAGUAUGUUUCCGAGAUAUUUGCCCUGCUGCUCCUCACCACUACCUGGUUGUGCCCAAAAAACACAUUCACAGCUGCCGCUCACUGAACAGCAAACACAUCAGCCUUGUUGAGCAGAUGAUUGCAAUGGGGAAGGCUGUACUCCGUGAGCAAGGGAUCACUGACAUGAAGGAUGUGAGGUUUGGGUUUCAUAAGCCUCCCUUCAUCUCAGUAGGUCACCUGCAUCUCCAUGUAAUCGCUCCCACCAGCAAACUCUCAGAGUUCUUAGCGUAUAAGUUCAUGCCAGGCACCGACUCUUUUGUCACGGCAGAAUGUCUAAUGAAGCACCUAAGGAAAAUAAAUCCACCAGGCUUUCUUUCUUUGGGAAAUUGUUUAAGACUGUUUUGAGGCAACAGUUACCAAACUUGACUUAAAGUGACUGCACAGGAAUAACACACUAAGUGAAACUGCCUGAGCUUCAGCGCGAAGAUGACGAGUCUUGAAGCCAUGGUGAUGAACUUGAUGAGCCAGCAGCACAUUAAAGUCAUAUCGCUUAGAUAUGACAAAUGACAAUACACACACUAAAAGGCAAAUGGAAACCGGUGUGGCUUUUUUUGUGCACAUGCACUGGAGGUUUUUUUUAUCUGCACUUAAAUUGUUGUAUUCUAUGUAUUUCAUGUACUCUUUUGUGUGUAUUUAUGAAUGUAUUUACAGAAAAAUGUCAAUUAAUCAAACUUAAAUGUUCUACAAGGAAAGGACAGAGAAACUUUUUGUUGGUAAUUAAUACUCAAAAAGGAGCAAACACUCAUUAUGUACACAGCCUUUCUCCUUUUGUUGACUACUCAAAGUGCUUUCAUACAAUUGCCUUAAUUCACAGAUUCACACACAUUUAUACAACACUUUUUUUAGGGCUGUCAAAACUAGCACAUUAAUGGUGGUAACUAAUUUAUGUAAAUAAUUGUGUUAAUAUUUUUAAUGCAAUUAAUGCAUGUGCGGCAUGAGAAGCCCCAUACAUCCGUCAUUUCUCUGUUAUGAUGGUGGGACAUGAAGAAGCAAAAAAGAAAAUCCGGCUGGUUCUAUGGACGGAUUUGAAAAUACACACAACAUUAAUGGAGCAACCAAUGGACAUGAAGAAUGGGGGCGUUUAAGACACUCUUUUCCCAGUGUGAGAGUUCCACACCCGCUCUUUUCCCAUUUUUAUUUUUUAUUUUUUAUUCAGUUUGCACCAACAUGUCAGCUUUAGUGUCUCUCUGGUUGUCUCUGUUUGUGCAGCAGCUGCUUCCUCCCUUUACUCUCAGGUUCUGUUAAUCAUGACGGCUGUCACUAAUCAGCUGAUUGGAUUUUCUCUCUUGUUAGAUUUGUUUAUCCUUCAGCUGACAAGGAGGAAACUAGCAGUUCAUGGUUCACACCGUCACAUAUUUACCCCAAAGUAUUGUUUUUGGCAGGACCUUCUCAAACACAGAAACUGGCUGGUGGUAGACCGGGUUUAUACUUCAGCUAUGCAGGGGCGGGUCUGCAAGUAUUGGCUCGUUCUGUUGAUACAAUACAGUAAAACGGGCAAAUUCCAGGCAUAGUCACGAAUGGUGAUUAAUCAUAAUUAAUUUGAAAGCUGUAAUUAAUCUGAUUAAAUUGUUAAUCAUUUGACAGCCCUGUUUUUUUUUUUUUUGUUUUGUUUUGUUUUUUUUUAGCCUUGCACUUUUUUUUCUGUCAUGCACCGAUGAAUAAAAUGGAGGCAGUGUGGCGCUCAGUGUCUUUCCCAAAGACUUUUCAACCAGGUAUUAAAAUACCAUCUUUUUGAUGUUUAGACAACAGGGCUACUCCCAGGGCUGCAGCCACCCCAAAAUCAUUGUGUAACAAUAUCUUUAUUUGAUCAUGCUACAAUUAACAAGAGAGGAAUCAACAAGAGGUAAAUAAACUCAAACCGAAGGCCAUCGGACUUGGUGUAGUAGUACCUGUCUUCUCAUCUAAAGUCAGCCAUUUAAAUUAAACUAACUGAUUGUAUUAUGGUGCCUUCCUUGAUAUCUACAUGUUCCACAUUCCUUGUCUUUACCACAAGUUGGCAUUUCUGAACCUAAAGUUUACAUACUGAUAUCUCAGCCUGUAAGGUGCUGCUGCAAUAACAGCAUUAUUUAGUCUUGAUGUUGAUUCCUUAAGUCUCUGCUGGAAAGAAGGGAAAUUUCCAAUGAAUAAGCUAUAAAAAAUUAAUUCAAUUUGUACCACAUGCAAAGGAUGAAAUCAGCAAAAAAAAAAAAGAAAGAAAGAAACUCCUCAACAUGUGGAAAUGAACCACCCUACUCGGAGUCGGAUGAUCUAACGAAGGUCAUAUGCCUUUAU